AUGCCUAAUGCAUUGAGACGACUAUCAAUUGCUUUAGAAAGGCCAAUCUUAAACAAGGAUGAGCUUAAAAGCGCUUUGUGGAACGGAAUCCCCGAGAAUGCACCAUUGGAAAUGCGAGUGGAUGCAUGGCAACUGGCCCUGGGAUAUUUACCCAAAUCUGCCAGCUUUAGACUUCAAGUUGCUAACAAGAAACAUAACGAAUACCGUGAAACUCUGCUAGCCCAUUAUCUAUUCAGGGGAAAAACAUCAAAACAAUGCAAAAUUGCAAGUCAGAUAAAGAUUGACUUGCCCAGAACUUUUCUUAAGGAUCUUAACUUUCAAAACGGAUUGAUUUUGGAUAUGCUUGAGAGGAUUCUUUACAUUUGGAGCAUAAGGAACCCUGCUUCCGGUUACGUGCAAGGGCUUAACGACAUAGCAAUAGUUUUAAUUUACACAUUCACUCAGCCUCAUCUAAAAAUCGCAGAUUCCGUGCAAAACAUACCAAAGGAGUCGUUAGAUGCGAUAGAAGCGGAUUCCUACUUUUGCCUGUCAAAGCUACUGUCACAAAUGCAAGACAAUUAUACUGAUGGACAGCCUGGCAUUCAUCGGGCUAUCGCAAAGCUGGAAGCCAUAAUCAACGAAGUGGACCAGCAGCUCUAUGAUUAUUUGCUCGAGCGCCAGAUCCAUUUAGUACAGAUAACUUUCCGUUGGAUAAAUUGCCUGUUGCUACGUGAACUGCCACUGCACUGUUCAAUUCGUUUGUGGGAUACAUUGAUAGCAGAGUCUGACAACAUUAUGGACUUUCACCUACACGUUUGCGCAGCACUAUUGAUGUUAUGGAGGGAAGAAAUUAUGAAGAAAGAGUUUCAGCAAAUAAUAUUGUUCAUGCAGUCACCACCGUCCAAAUAUUGGGAAAUCAGCGACAUCGAUGAGCUUGUGGCCAAGGCGUUUGUGCUGCUAAAUAACAAUUCCAAGAGUAAAUCCCUAUUAUAUGGAUGCCAUAAACAUAAUUCAAUGGACUUUGGAUAA